CGUAAACUAUGUACCAAAAUAAAAAAAAAGAUGUCAUAAACUUUCUUCGGGGAGAAAUUACAACCAUCCACCGCUUGCAAAAGCCGGUCCUCCCGACGCCCUUCGCAUCUCCUCGUUCCCAACCCGCAGCCCGCUCAGACUCUUGCGAUAUUUUCUUCCCUUCCUUUUUGUUAGAUGGAUUGGCAAGGACAGAAGCACUCGGAGUUUUUGAUGCAGAUUUUGCUCGUAGUGUUCGCGGUUGUUGCUUUCGCGGUCGGAUAUGCUAUCGAAUCCUUCCAGAUGAUGAUACUUAUCUACGCCUCUGGAGUUUUGCUGACUGCAUUGAUUACGGUGCCCAAUUGGCCCUUUUUUAAUCGCCACCCGCUGAAAUGGUUGGACCCGAGCGAGGCUGAUCGACACCCGAAGCCACAGGCGACCACUGCGGCUUCAAAGAAGAAGGCAUCCAAGCAAAAGUAGAAGUAGGUCUUGUUACAGCUUUCAGAGUUUUGUUAGGGCUUUUUCAUCGUUGCUGUCCUGUCGAUGGGGCAAACUUUAGUAGUGCUGGGCGUUUCCGGUAGUGGAUGCUUGAUUCAUUCUUGUCUUUAAAGUAGUUUAAUACUGCUUAUAUUACCUCCAUAAUGGUUAAGUGAAAGUUAAACUUUAUGAAAAAGCGAACAGCUCGUCCUAAUCCUUUCUUAUCUUUUCUGCGUUCUCA